AUGCUGUACAUCACGUUGACAAUUUUGCUUACGGCUGUUUUUAUAAAUCUUGUUCGUCCAUCGUCGUACCACGUUGAUGAACUUGAUUAUGAUGAUCAAUUAAUGAGGAACGCAGAACGCCAAAAACUAUCGGUUUUAUUGAUACCUAUUUUGAUGAAACCGAAUCAUAGAAGGGAAAUGGCUUGGAACAGUUUAAGUAAUUUGAUAAAUGAGCGUAAUGUUGGCGACGUACCAUAUUCUUCGUUUCCAGUAUUAAAAAGAAACAUUGCAAUUGGUCGCGGUGAUGGUUUCAGACCUGGCAAAUAG